AACGUUUCGGAGCUCACUGGUGCGAUCCGAAAAAUCAAAACAUGAAAGCAGAAAUUUGAAAAUGAUCCAUGAAAAACACAAUGUUCGUUAUGUGAUGAGGCGGGACUUCGAAAAUUUUCUCUGCUUACUAACAAAUCUACGGUAUUUUUCGACGAGCAAGAAAAAUGGAAGAAAUACACGAGAGACAUUUCUACGACGAGGAGCAAAAUGAAGUCAACUGUUCACUUGGAUACGACAAGGGUAAUCUCCAGCUACAACUAAACGCAGAUAUUUUGCAAAACGGACGUCCCGGCCACGCGCGCAAAAAUAGCAUACAAACCGGGAUGUGUUCCCCCGAUUUUGGAAUCUUAAAAAUGGCAUCUCCAGAUCUCGAGAAGAUGCUGAUCGCUUUCCAGACGGGAAAUAACGAAAGCACAAAAUGCUGCCCGAGUAAUAUGACAAACGAACAAACUAGUGCUUCCACAGCGACCAAAGGGUUGCCGGAGGUGUUGCAAGAGUUACACGAUCGUCAAGAUAACAAUGAAUACAAGGGAAUGUUACAGCAGAUAAACACAGGAGAGACAAUAGUUACGGAGGAAACGAUAAAUUCUUCUGAUCAACUCUAUCUGGCGACCGAUGUUAACGGGCUCAUGGCGGUCGCUGACAACAGGGAGAAAUUUAAAACUGCACAAACUUUUAGCACCACUUUUUCUACUAAUGAUAAUCAACUAAAACACGCUCCAAAUAGGACUUAUGUGCUUCCCAAUUGUGCAACGCUAUUACCUAACACCCAAUUUUACACGACUCCAUUACAUAAUAACGUGGAAGAUUACGAAGCGGUAAAUCAAUUACACGCUCUUACGGCGUACAACAACGUUCUUGCUGCGAGCACGCCAUUUCCAACACAGAUGUACAAACUUGACGGCAGUGCAGCAUUUGAAGAAAGCAACACGUCGAUACAACCGAUAAAUCUUGACAUGCAGGAAAUGGUCAAGCGCGAGAGAAAGAAACAACGAAACAGAGUUGCCUCGUCGAAAUGUCGGAAAAAGAAGCUGGAAAAGGAGGCCGUUUUGGAAUCGACCGUGAAAGAGCUGCGAGCUAGAAACGUUGAGCUCACAACGCUCGCGAAUGCUCUUAAGCAACAAAUAUGCGAACUUAAGCAAAGGGUUAUGGAUCACGUGACCGAAGGUUGUCCAAUCACGUUGACUAGGGUCGAAGAACAAGAUGAUCUUUAUAAUGAAGAAGAAUGGAGGACGUUUAGUGAAAAAACGUGACACGGAGGGAUGCAAGGACAUAGCAUAACAGUUCAUAAGAUUACUGAAAAUCGUAGAAUACGAAAGUGAUAAGCCAUCACUCAUCAGAGUAUAAACCAUGACAGGUUUUGGGUUGAAUUUAAUUUAUUCACACGAGAAAACCUACUUAUAUCGAGACGUUGUAAGUUGAAAGAAAGCAUGCAACGACUGCGAUUGUUCAAUAGUUGUGAAAGAUAUUUGUCAAAAUUAAUACCAAGAUUUGAAAUGCUGAAAUACAAAGCAGGACUUGCAUUUCACACAAUGUUCA